AUGGGAGCAAAUGCUCCCAACGCGAUACCAGCACCUUCUCCACCUGUGGAGCCACCUAUGGCACCACCGCCAGUCCAGAACCAAAUAAGUGUCUCCUCCUCUACCUCGGACCCACGGUCCCGAAUGCAACAAUCUACUCAUCGCCAAGAUGCACGAACUGAGCGACGAGACCGACGUUCACCUUCAAGAGGCAACACCUCUCACCAACGAGCUCCUCCACACAAUGGUGGAGAGGUUGAAAUUAGCGGUCAGCUAUCUCGCUCAAAUCACCUUCCCCACAUAGGUAAUACCAUUGGUGGAAGGACAAUACCUCCAAUAAGGCACAAUCCCUUCACUGUCGCAAUAAUCAAUAAGAUACUACCCCAAGGGGUAAAGGUCUCGAGUCUACCGCAGUUCGAUGGAACUGGUGACCCACAAGAGCAUCUUGAAAAGUUCUACGCCAUGGCAGAUCUAUAUGGCCCAACUGAUGCGGCAAUGUGCAAGAUGUUUCGCACAACGCUCUCCGAACGAGCGUUGAGCUGGUUCAACUCCUUGCCCACUGGGUCAAUUGAAGCUCUCUCCCAACUAACAGAUCGCUUCACCCACCAUUUCGCUAUCAACAAGGAGUACGCAAAGACUCCCGCGUACCUCUUCACUAUCACCCAGAGAGAGGGCGAGACCCUCCGCAACUACAUUCAACGAUUUGUAGAGGCAUCUCACAAAGUUCCUAACGUGGGGGGAAGCAUGCUCGCUGGAAUCAUUCAACAAAACUUGAAGGAAGGUAGAUUCAAGGAAUCUAUUGCAGGAAGACCUCCAACCACUCUGGAAGAGUUACUAAGUCGCGCUGAGAAACACGUGCGCAUUGAAGAGGCUUCGGCCCUCCCUCCUCCCAAGAGGAAAAGAGAUGAAGAUUACUUCAACACCCGGCGACGAGAUGGCCGACGAAAAUCGUCAACAUCUCAUUGA